AUGCGUCAGGAUCAACUCAAGUUCCUCUUAGCUCCCAUUCUGCCUGAAGGAACAUGCAUCAGGAGAGCCGUCCACCUCGCCGAGCUCUGGGCUGGCUACGGUCACAUCUUUCGCAUUCAGGUGGAGCAAUGCGCCGCCUCGUCUGGAUCUCCUUCCACAAAUAAGUUACAUGGUACCUAUAUAGUGAAGACCAUUCAACCGCCACCCAGUUCCGGUGAAGGGUAUGACGAGGGGCACGCUCGAAAGAUGCUUAGCUACCGCGUCGAGGCAAACUUCUACCGAUACUUUACUGAAACCGUAUCGUCAGAAGAAUGCAGUGUACCAAAAUUGAUCGCUUCAUCAGCUUCGAACGAUGCGACGGGACAUCAGGGUCAGACGUUGAUUCUGGAAGAUAUUUCGCUGCGUUUUCCUGUACUGACGGAGCGGCGAGGCACACUCAACGAUGCGCAGGUGAGGAAAAGUCUCGAAUGGCUCGCUCACUUCCACGCAAGCUCUUGGGACAUCACAUCCGUCUCCACCGAUGGAUUCUGUCCACCACCAUCGCAAGCGUGCGAGCAAAACUGGCGCGGUACAGGUCUUUGGCAACAAGGAGGCUAUCACUACCUAGCUACGCGCCAACACGAACUCGAAUCCAUCGAUCCGCACACCGACCCCUGGGGUCAACUUGGCCUCCACGCCGAAUCCGAUCUACCGAUCAGCGUAGACUGGUGUCUCAACAACCCCGCAGAUCGAUCCAGGUUGAGUCUGAUCCACGGCGAUGUCAAAGCGGCCAACAUGGCCUUUUCCACCGACACGCGUCAUAUGGCCAUGUACGAUUUCCAAUACGUCGGUGUAGGCUUGGGCGUUCAAGAUCUAGCCAAAUUCUUGACCACCUCUAUACCCGGCCGAUACCUAGAUGAUCAAGAUGGAGAGGAAAAGCUGCUCAAAAUGUACCACGGAUGCUUGGUAGACAAACUUCCGAACGGCGCCAAGUACGAAUUCGAACAGUUGAUGCGGGAUUGGGAGCUGGCUUUGGUGAGCUGGGUGAGAUUCUUGGCUGGCUGGAGCGGCGGCUUCUGGGGCAACGUCGAUUGGUUGCAGCAUAGAGUGCAACGUUUGCUGAGCGAUCAAGAGUGGGUUCAAGGGGUAAGACAGUGUUGGAAGACGGCGACGCAGACUCAGAAUUGA